UCCAAGUUUCUCUCCCUCUCUCUAUCGUAUCAUGUAUCGACGCCGUAUCCUAGUAGAAAAUGCAAAUCUCCCUGCUUAAUGCUUCUCUCAUCCAUUGCGCCAGGACGACACGAGUCAACCUCGCAUGUCGCAUCCAUAGACAAGCUGCAUAAUGGCAUGCCAUCGUUGGCUUCUUCGACACGACUUCAGCCGGUUGACGAGUCACUAACUCACUAUCACAUUGAGGAGGGAAGCUUCACUCCACCGGGCGAGUGGAUGCUCAGUCAGAGCCCCAGAUAUCCGCGGAAGCGUCAUGGCUGACGUCCGUGUUCUUGUGGCAAAGCUGUCAGCACUUGCACACCCUCCCCCAUCAUCUCAACCAAAAGUCCCCUACCAACAGCACCACCAAAGCCUUUGGCCUACCGUACCAAGAUGACUUUUCAAAUGCAACCUAUGCAACUUGUUUUUGUCAUUCAUUCGUGACCCCCGCUCAUUUUUAUACCCAGCCUCCCUGCUUUGUUUUCCGGAACCAAAUCGAAACCGACAAGUUUCACGUCGUCUAGAGUUCCAGACACCGGCAGGAGUCGUCGAGCAUGACAAAGACCGUGGUUCUGUACCCGGGCCUCGGCGUCGGCCACCUCACGCCGAUGGUUGAGCUGGCCAAGCUCUUCCUCCAGCACGGCGUCGCCGUCACCGUCGCGCUCGUCGAGCCGCCCGUCAAGGCCCCCGACUUCUCCGCUGCGGUCGCUCGCGCCGCGGCCUCCAACCCCUCCAUCACCUUCCACGUCCUGCCGCCGCUGGCAGCGGACGCGCCACCAGCCGGUUCCAGCUCCGACGACACCCCCAAGCACCACGUCAUCCAGAUGUUCGACCACCUCGGCGCCAUGAACGCGCCUCUCCGCGACUUCCUCCGCUCUCUGCCCGCCGUCGACGCGCUCGUCAUCGACAUGUUCUGCGCCGACGCCCUCGACGUCGCGGCCGAGCUCAAGCUGCCCGCCUACUUCUUCUACGCCUCGGGCGCGGGAGAUCUCGCCGUCUUCCUCAACAUGCCGAGCGUGCGAGCCAACAUGACCAUGAGUUUAGAGGAGUUCCGCGACUCCGUCCUCUCCUUGCCGGGCGCUCCUCCGUUCAAAGCUUCCGAUUUGCCGGCGGCAAUUCUCACGGACAGCGAGGCAGCCAAGGCCGUCCUCCGCAUGUUCCAGCGGAUGCCAGAGUCAAAUGGGAUCCUCAUCAACACUUUCGAGUCGCUGGAGACGCGUGCGGCGCGCGCGCUCAGGGACGGCCUGUGCGUCCCAUACCGUGCCACGCCGCCGGUCUACUGCGUCGGGCCGCUGGUCUCGGGAGGCGGAGAGAAGGAGCACGAGUGCAUCCGGUGGCUGGACGCGCAGCCAGACCGCAGCGUCGUGUUCCUCACCUUCGGCAGCUUGGGCACGUUCCCGAAGAAGCAGCUCGAGGAGAUCGCUGCUGGCCUGGAGAAAUCAGGGCAGAGAUUUCUAUGGGUCGUGCGCAGCCCGCGCAGCGCCGACCAAAACUUAAACGAGCCACUUGGGGAGCCAGACCUUGACGCCCUCCUGCCAGACGGAUUCUUGGAGAGGACCAAGGGCAGAGGGCUCGUGCUCAAGUCUUGGGCGCCGCAGGUGGACGUGCUGCGCCAUAGAGCGACCGGAGCUUUCGUCACGCACUGCGGGUGGAACUCGACGCUGGAGGGCAUCGUGGCAGGGCUACAGUUGCUGUGUUGGCCGCUGUACGCGGAGCAGAGGAUGAACAUGGUGUUCAUUGUGGAGGAGAUGAAGCUUGGGGUGGAGAUGAGAGGCUACGACGAGGAGAUGGUGACAGCUGAGGAGGUGGAGACGAAGCUUCGGUGGGUGAUGGAAUCGGAGGACGGACGUGCGCUUAGAGAGCGUGUGCUGGUGGUGAAAGAUAGAGCUGCCGACGCGCUCAAGGAAGGGGGCUCGUCUUAUGCUGCUUUUGUCGAAUUCCUAGAGGAUUUAGAGACUGUCAAUCGAUCGUGAAGGGAGUUUAUCUCGCACAAUGAAUGUCAAAUUGCUGAAACACUUCGAUCUCGAAAGGAUCUUCUUUUUUGCUAAAGUUCAAAGAGAGAGUUUUUAGUAUACUGUUUCUAUGGCACGGAUGAUCCAACAUCUGGACAGACAGCAUUAGGCCUUGUUUAGUUGGCCAAAUUGGGAGAUGCCAAA